ACAUAUCUUCAAGCUGCCUUUUUCUUUCACAUUUUGAUUUUCUGGUGGUAGUUGGAGAAUAUUAAGCCAUGGUUGCUGCUGUUGUCAGAAAAUUCUUCGCUCCUGCGUCUGCUAAGUUGAACUUUCCGCAUUCAUCUUCUUCAUCUCUUCAUCAAUUCAGCACCCAACAAAUUCUAUUCACUAACAGCCAUUUUAGUACUCAUUCUAGCAGUAAAUUGAAUGAAAGAUCUGCAGGUAACAGAAUUCCAAUAGUUGUAUUGAAGGCAACAUCCAAGAAUGACCAGAAUAUUGUUCAAGCUGACAGUGAGGAUGGUGUGUCCCUUGGUACCAUGAAGUUGCCAGCCAAUAUCGAUAUCCCCAGAUUCGAAAGCUUGUUAUUCCAGUGGGCUAACAGCUUGUGCCAAGGAUCUAAUCUACCACUUGCAUAUCCGCUAAAGGUGGAUAAGAUAACAGGGGGAGCAAGACUGGCGUUCAUUACAAUUAAUAAUGAUGGCGAAACUGAAGUUUAUGUUUACAUAGAUUGCUUGGUAACUCCAUCAACUGAUGGUAGUGGACCAGUUUUUCAAGCAAUAAGAAAUGGAGGCGCCAAAGAUCAGACGCCGCCAGGGGAGCCAAGAAUUAUGAGAAGCUUACUUGAAGCCCUAAAGAAGUGUGUCGAAAUCGCUAGAGUUUAGUUAUAUACACAUAAGUAAAAAAGAUAAGGUAUCGCUAGAGAAUUAGCAGCCUUUGUGUUUAAUUUCAGGGUUCAUACUUGCUUUCCCAAGGUGUAAUAAUAAUAUACAGUUUUAUGUUUCAAAAAUGAGAGUUUAACAGGGCUGAAUUGGGGGCCCUGAAUCAGUAAUCGGGGACCUCUAG